GUUGCAUAAUCAGUGUUCAUAUAAAAAGGCAUGCAGCGCAGGGAACAGUUAAAUUUCAUUUACUUGGACUAGGUUAAUGUCCAGAUUAGUUGUGUAAAAUGGAAUUAAAAAUUCUUCUUCUUUUGGUUGUCUUUGCAUGCGUGCAGGUUGAUGUAGUAACUGGACGGAAACGCCCUGUGAGGAAACCUGGUCAAUGUCCGGUGUCAACAAUCGUCACGGCUUGUGAUUGUAGACCUGAAUAUCUGGAGUGUGACGGAGAUCAGGAAUGCCCCGGAAAUAAGAAGUGCUGUUCCUAUGGUUGCGGUUGUAGAAGACACUGUGUGAAGCCAAAGAAGGCCCCACAGAAAGGACCAUCAAAACGUGUUUGCUCCUUGCCAAAAGUAACGGGUCCUUGUAAAGCAAAUAUGCGUAGAUGGUGGUUCAACAAAGCGACCAACCGCUGUGAGAGAUUCACCUACGGAGGAUGCAGAGGAAAUAAAAAUAAUUUCACAACAAGGAAAGCAUGCCGACAACGCUGUCCCUGAAGGAGAACGAAGCUGCUUAACGCAGUUUGCAUUCUUUGGUGUUUAAAUUCAAAAUGCACAUGUAAAUUCUGUACAGAGAACCUGCCCUUCCCUCUGAUUCAUAAAUAAAGAGUUUUUUCUUGAUUAUUGUGUACUUUUAAGCGCUGGGGGCGAACGAGCUGUCAAUCACAAUUGUCACAUUAAAAUGUGUUCUGUAGAUAUAUUUUAGUCUUAGUAUCAUAUAACCCGUACUGAGCCCCUGUCAGUUCAGUUUUUAUCACUGUAAAUAUCCCAUUUGUAACCUCAGUUCACUGGACCUUUAAACCGCCAGUCCGUGCUACAAAUCAUAUUGGACACGGUAGUCCAGGGAGAAGGACGUCAACAUAAUUCUCUAGUUACAUCUAAAUUGUAUCACCUUUGAAUUUUCUAUCUACAUGGCUGGCACUGUGAUGACAAUUUUUAGCUAUAUGGUCCUGCUUUUCUGAGGUCAUGUCCGCCUGUGUAUUCCUUCUUGUGAUUUACCAACAACCUGCUAUCCCGAGGAGCUCGGUUAUGUGUGGUGUCCGACCUGUGGACCCGUAAGACGUGUGUGUUUGAAGGGAUCGUUUCUUCGUAGAACACGUCUUGUAGCAAGGACGGAGUGUAUAAAGCACAAAACAGUGACAAACCAGGGACCGUUUCUUGUGGAACACGUCACAGGAAAGACAAACCAGUAGUGACAAACCAUACCAAUCAACAUCUUAUUUGCAUACUUAUAUCUUGAUUAUUAAUUCCAUUAAAUAUGUAAAGUGUUACAAA